AUGCAGUUCUCAAGCAAGCUCGUCCUCUUCCUUACCGCCGCGGCUGUCGGCGUCUUCGCCAGCCCGACUGCCAACACUAGGGAUGUUGACUCCAACGAAACCAUCCAGGACGGCGAUUUCGUCUAUGUCGGUCUCGACUCGUCCGUCGUCGAGCGCCGCUCCGGAGGUGUGGAUAAGAGGUGUGACGGCGCCUUUAAGCCACCGCACGCGGACUGCAGCCCGGGCAAGUGCCAGUGCCUCGGCGACUACGGCUGCUGGGCCUGCAGCGGUGGCCGCAUGCAGUGCCAGCCCGGUCCCGGCUCAAACGUGUGCUGGACUGAAUGA